AUGCCGCAAGUGAAGAUCGUAGCGAAGAAUUUCAUGGACAUGGUGGCAUCUUUGCCCGCCAUUAAACUCGAUAAGCUUUACCAUAAUUCCUUUAUAUGCGAAGCUAUUUUCAGUGGAGUUUUACCCAGAGAACCAAUGCCUUCAAAUAUCACUGUGAGGCUUCCAACCUUGGACGAGCUGGAUUCCUACGCUGUUGGGCAAUGGGAGUGUUUCUUGUUGCACCUCAUAAACUCCGCUGAAGCUGAAACAAUCAAAAAUAUCAGUUCUUCUAUGAUGAAAGUUUUCCAGCGAGGCCUUUUGAGUCAAAGAGAUAAAGAAGCUCCAAAGUUGACUGAGAGUGGUUUCCAGUUCUUGCUGAUGGAGACGAAUGCACAACUUUGGUACAUCAUCAGGGAAUAUAUCACUAAUUCUGAGGAGAGAGGCUUAGAUACUGCAGAUCUUAUCUCAUUUCUGCUGGAGCUCAGCUUUCAUGUUGCUGGUGAGGCCUACAAUAUGAACACGCUGACUGAUAUUCAGAGGAAUACUAUCAAGGACCUUGUGGACCUGGGAUUGGUCAAGCUCCAGCAGGUGCAUAGCAUUGUAUCUUUGCCACCAUUGGCCAAGAAAUAUGUAUUGGCAUUGUUGUACGUUGAUGGACCAGUAACAGCCAAAUUAUUGGAAGAGUGGGUGCUUGCUGAUGGGUUCUCAAAGCAUAGAGUAGCCUUUGACAGAUUACUACAACUGAGAAUAUUGACUGAAAUUGUUGAGAGGAAAAAGGAAACGAUGUAUAGACUAAAUACGAUUUUUCAAAUUAAUAUGCAGAAGCGAAUAUUAAAUGGUGGAGUUUUACCCAGAGAACCAAUGCCUUCAAAUAUCACUGUGAGGCUUCCAACCUUGGACGAGCUGGAUUCCUACGCUGUUGGGCAAUGGGAGUGUUUCUUGUUGCACCUCAUAAACUCCGCUGAAGCUGAAACAAUCAAAAAUAUCAGUUCUUCUAUGAUGAAAGUUUUCCAGCGAGGCCUUUUGAGUCAAAGAGAUAAAGAAGCUCCAAAGUUGACUGAGAGUGGUUUCCAGUUCUUGCUGAUGGAUACGAAUGCACAACUUUGGUACAUCAUCAGGGAAUAUAUCACUAAUUCUGAGGAGAGAGGCUUAGAUACUGCAGAUCUUAUCUCAUUUCUGCUGGAGCUCAGCUUUCAUGUUGCUGGUGAGGCCUACAAUAUGAACACGCUGACUGAUAUUCAGAGGAAUACUAUCAAGGACCUUGUGGACCUGGGAUUGGUCAAGCUCCAGCAGGGAAGGAAAGAGAGUUGGUUCAUUCCUACUAAAUUGGCUACCAAUCUCUCAAUAAGCUUAUCGGAUACAUCAUCUAGGAAACAGGGAUUUGUUGUUGUGGAGACAAACUUCAGAAUGUAUGCGUACUCAACAUCCAAAUUACAUUGUGAGAUUUUACGCCUCUUCUCAAGUGUAGAAUAUCAGCUCCCGAACCUCAUUGUUGGAGCAAUUAAAAAAGAAAAUCUGUACAAGGCUUUUGAAAAUGGCAUCACUGCAGACCAGAUAAUUUCUUUUCUUCAGCAGAAUGCACAUCCUCGAGUUGCAGAAAGAGUACCAUCUGUACCUGAAAAUGUCACUGAUCAGAUUAGAUUAUGGGAAUCAGAUCUGAACAGGAUUGAGAUGACAGCAGCACAUCUUUAUGAUGAAUUUCCUUCUAGGGAAGUCUUUGAGGCUGCUUGCGAUUUUGCACAAGAAUAUGGUGGUCAGUUAUGGAUGGAUUCGAAAAGCAUGCGUGUUAUAGUCAAGGCAGAAAUUUUAACAAACAUGAAAGACUUUCUUCGCCGCCAACAACAGUAGUUCCUUUUCUGUUCUCUCUCUCUUUUUUUUCUCCUCCCUCACUGGAAUCGAUGCGUAAGAAAGCAUCUAUUUUUGUAAAUAGAUAAUGAAUUACCAUAAGAAAGGGAAAAUAAAAAAUAAUGUGACACAUACUCGUACUAGUUUUUGUAGUUUCAACUAAUCAUCUGUUCUUGGUAGUUAUUCCCCUGUAAUUAGUAGGUUGAGGUGUUGGGGCUUUUGUUUAAGCUUCUUGAAUGAGGAACUGUGUUAAACCAAUGAGAAAGGUAGAGGUGUUUUUAUGGGGUUUUACCAAUGCUAACCUCUU